AUUUUAACAAUCACAACAAUUCUAUACAACUAUUUUUUACGGCCUUUAUUCUUUUUCCCUAUACAACAUUUGUUUUUUUCUUUAACCCGACUUUAAUCUUUUUUUUUUUAUAAUCUUCACAUCCACAAUUUUCUCUUCUUCUUUAAAACAAUGGCGACAUUUUACAAAAAAAAUGGUAAAUGUAUUGAAAGAAAAAAUAACGGUUUCAACGAUACUAUUACAUGGAUUCCAAUGGCUCCAAUAUCUAAUCAAAAGCGGAACAAAAUAAUCGCCCGGUGAUGACACUAUGAUAGAAGACAAUUAGAAGAAAAGGAUGGAAACAAAACAUUUGUCAUGUUAUUGGCAUACUUUAUUAUAUGACUAUAAUAAUACCAAUAACGGUUUACCAUAUCAAAAAAGAUGUAAAAAAUUUUUAGAAUUAUUCCAAUGGAUAAAUGAUGCUAGAACCCAAGCUGCUUCUAUUUUAAAUUAUUAUGGGAUGACUUAAAUAUGUAAUUUGCUUAAAUAUCAUCCCGAAAUAAGGAACAUUUGAAUCUUGUGUUCAUUGGGUAUAUAGAAUGGGUAUAUAGAAGCAAUUAUUCCUUUAAUGUUUUUUAUUAAAAAUGUACAACGGACAAUGCUUCUAACAAUGAUACCUUACAUGAUUAUCACUAUGACAGGACAAAUCCAAGAACGUACAGUUCUUAUUCUUCAAUAUACAGCAUGCAACCAAAAAAGUUGCCAUCUUUGAAAAUAAUAUUUUUUAUAUAAUUAAACAUUAAAAUACUUUGUUCUUUGCAUUCUA